UUCACCGGGCUGCCGGCACACGUUUAUUGUCCGGUGAGGCACGGGUACGAGACCGGGAACCGCUCGAGUGGAAGCCACAAGGACAAAAGAAAAAGGACGAAGAUAUCAGCCACGACGGGCAGCUUCAGAGCCGGCGGGAGAGCGGGCUGUGCAGCCAGACGUGGGGCUGCGGGCCGGCUCCCGCCCAGGGCCGGCUCCCCUCAGCCGGCCAGAACAGGCUGGAACCGGUUGGCCUUCAGGCGCUCACACACACGCGGCGCCUUUCCACAGCCUGCGCGGCGCCACCGCGCCCUCCAGCCACACCGAGCAGCACGCCGUCCCCCACGCACACGACCGAGCGAGCAGCCGCCCGCCGCUUACCUGAAGCCGCGGACGAGGGAAGCCGGCAUCCGAAGAAUGUCUCAUCUUUCCGUUUCAUUCGUUGGCUUUGUCAUAUUACUGACCACUGUGCAGUGUGUUGCAGAUGGUAAAGGUCAGGUGGGGGUGAAAUGUGUGGAGCACCACAUGGCUGUGAAGGUUGGAGAAGAUCUUGUUGUCCUGUGCCAUUACUCUUCCCCAGGUGAAGCCAACUCCACCACCUUCAGUUGGACAAAGUUGGAUACCAAGAAAGUAAUCUAUAAUUAUUCGAUCAGUCAAAUAGAGCAAGACCCCAGCUAUCACGGCAGAGCUGAGGUUUUUGUGAGUGAGAUCCCUGAAGGGAAUGUGUCCCUCAGAUUGAGGAACAUGACUCUAUUGGACUCUGGAAUCUACAGACUUCGCGUCUCCAGUCAAUCCCAAAGUAACGAAACCCACAUUGUGUUAGGAGUAAGAGCCAUUGGUGAACAGCCAGUCAUCCGCUCCCACGUCACCAACCAGGGCCUCUCUGUGCUGGUCUGUGAAUCAUCUGGGUGGUUCCCAGAGCCUACAGUGACCUGGGAAAAUGGGCUGGGAAUGCAGCUGACCGAGUAUGCCCACACGGAGAACCUGCACAGCACAGAUGGCAGCAUUCACAUGCGGAGCGUGCUCAGCCUGGGCCAGAGGCCCAUCAGCAAUUACACGUGCACCAUGAGGGACCGGCAUUUGAACGAGACGGUGUCCUUUGUGUUUGUUGUUCUGUUUCCAGGAUCACCUUGGCAUAUCGCAGCGGGUGUGGCGGGGACUAUUAUCUGCUCUGUCAUCUUAACUGUUGCAAUUUACUGGAGCUGGUAACGAGAUGAGCAAGGUUCCCCCUGUGUGACAGUCUACAUCACUGAAGACUCUGGUUUAAGGGAUGCCUCUGGUGCAGACAGGAUGGAUUUGAGGGGGGUGAAAAGACUUGGCUCCACUCUCUACACAAGGACUCGUUCUCCUUCCCCUUUGUAACAUCAGAGCCAAUUGAGCUGGCGUGCUGCCUUCCCGAGAGCUGCUCUGCACAGGAUCCAUUGCUGGUUAUUUAGUGAACUUAAUUUGCACAUCUCGAUGUGGUCUCAGCUCUGUGGAAGAGCUUAGAUACAGAACCUACCUAAUGGUGAACUCUCAGACCAAACUCACUCUACAGUGGCAGAUUCUGCGGCUCACAAAAUGUGACAUGCCAACUGGAAACUUUCUGCUUUAGAACUAACAUGCUGAUUGGGGACCGGAUGCCUUAGCGUUUUGUUACUGUUCUGAGAGAUCUCCAGUCCAACUUGUUCUAUCUCAUGAGAGGGGAAGAGAGCUUUAAUGCAAUGACAUAGGAGAGGAAAUUCUCUUCACCCCAGAUUAUGCUGCCAAUCUUAAGGACAGAGGCCCAGACUUUGAUCCUAGACAUUUCAAUUUCCUAUUGCCCCAAGACCUGUGUGCUUCACUCUCCAAGUUUUAGAUUAUCUUCGGCAAUUGUGCUGUAGGAAUGUAAUCCUUCAGGUUUUUGCACAGAAAGAAGCCACUCUAUGCUUAACUAAUCCAAAACUAUUCUCAUUUCCUGCUGAAUCCCUUGGGCUUCCUCAUUUCAACCAACGUUACUCAGGAAGGUGUAAUAAUCUCCAAAGCAUUUCCCCACCCAAAAAGAUGGCACAUUGCAGCAACCCUGCACAAAGAUGCUGUUCCCUGUCACCUCUCUCCUUUCCUGGUAGUCGUUUUACUAAAUGGCUCCUCAAACAAAGGACAUAUUUCUUCCCAGUUCAUCUAGCAGGUUUUUUUUAAUCCUUCCUUCUCAAUAGUUUGGAAGCAGUAGCCGUGGAGGAUCAUGAAUUUUCUUAUCCAUGUCUUCAUACCCGGUUGUACAGUAAUCUAAAGAAGUUGCUCCAGUCUUUUUUUUAAUCACUAAAACACCAUAGUGGCCACACACUGUUUCUGAAAGAUCGAGAUCUUCAACUGCAUGGUUCGUGUGAUUCCAGGCUGAAAUCAUUUGUUGGAUUCAGCACGAUUUAUUGUAUUCUUGUGUUACAAGCUCUCACUGUUCUCAGUAUGUGCCACAGAGGGUGCGAUCACUGCAGCCAACAUACCACAAUACAAGCAAGUCUUCCAGCUUCUGGGCAGUAUUGCCACAGAACGAGUGGAUGCUGCAGUGACAGGGAGGGGUUGUGUGGUGGGUUGGAAGAUGGGAGAGAGUGAUCCCCAUUUGAGAAUGUAUUUGGGAUCAAGCAAUUUCAAGAAUGCCAUCUCAGUGCUCGCUCUUCAAUCAACACUGUUUCAGGGGAAAGCCUGGUUAUUCUGUGAGUAAAUGUAAACUGUUGUUUUUCAGACGAAGGAGGUUGAAAAUCUCAUUGCAGAUUAAUCCUGUUGUUCUUCUCCUGUCGACAUCAUUUGGAGCAACACCCAAAAUGCUGGAGGAACUCAGCAGGUCAGGCAGCACCUAAGAUUGUCAAUCUAAGAUCGAUCGUCCAUCUCCCUCCGUAAGUGCUGCCUGAUCUGCUGAAUUCCCCAGCAUUUUGUGUGCUACUCCAAGUUUCCAGCAUCUGCAGUCUCUCUUGUGAUGUCAUUUGAAUGGAGUCUUAGGUUAUCGAGAAUGUAAAUCCUGCCGAUAAAUGAGGAGAUAAAUUUCUGACAUAUACUACCA